UAGUUACUUUAAAACCGAUCUUGCGGAGCACAACCACAGCCACAAAACCUCAUUCCACAUUUCCACCACCCGUACUGGAUGGCUAUGUCCGCCAUGCUUAUGUCUUCCUUCUCCGUCACCCCGUCAGCCGUAUUUGCUUGUUCUUCGUCUACAGAUAAUUCGAAAACUCCAAAUUCGAAGUUAGUGAAACUCCGACCCGAUUGGAGAGAGAAAUCACGACCAAUUCCCCCCGGUGGCACAUACCCUGCUAAAGAUCACUGCAGUCAAUGUGGGCUUUGUGAUACUUAUUACAUUGCUCAUGUGAAGGAUGCAUGUGCUUUCUUGGGAGAUGGCAUGUCCAGAAUAGAAAGUUUGGAACCCCUGGUCCAUGGGAGAGGCAGGAAGGAAGAUUCGCUUGAUGAGACAUAUCUAGGAGUUUAUGAGGAUUUACUGUAUGCUCGUAAAAUCAAACCUGUCGAAGGAGCCCAGUGGACUGGUAUAGUGACAACUAUUGCUGUUGAAAUGCUUAAAGCAGGGUUAGUCGAAGCUGUUAUCUGUGUGCAGAGUGAUCCAGAGGAUAGGUUCACUCCAAGACCUGUAUUAGCGAGGACACCUGAGGAAGUCAUUGCAGCAAAAGGUGUCAAGCCGACUUUGUCUCCAAAUCUUAAUACUCUUGCGCUGGUUGAGGCAGCUGGUGUUAAGCGUCUUCUCUUUUGCGGUGUUGGCUGUCAAGUACAAGCACUGAGAUCUGUGGAAAAGUAUUUGAAUUUGGAAAAACUGUAUGUUCUCGGCACAAACUGCGUUGACAAUGGAACACGUGAAGGACUGGACAAGUUUUUAAGAGCUGCAAGCACCGAUCCUGACACGGUUCUUCAUUAUGAAUUCAUGCAAGAUUACAAGGUCCAUUUGAAGCAUUUGGAUGGGCAUAUUGAAGAAGUCCCGUACUUUUCUCUACCAGCCAAUGAUUUGGUUGAUGUUAUUGCCCCAUCCUGCUACAGCUGCUUUGACUACACAAAUGCAUUGGCGGAUCUGGUAGUGGGAUACAUGGGUGUUCCAAAGUAUUCUGGCACCAGCAUGACACAGCAUCCACAGUAUGUCACUGUAAGGAAUGAACGUGGUAAAGAGAUGUUGAGCCUCAUCAAAAACCUGAUAGAAAUUACUCCCACUAUGAGCAGUGGAAACAGGCGUCCAUUUGUUGUGGAAACUGUUAAAGCAGAUGAUGAUGCUAAAUUUGGUAGAGGGCCUUCUCAGCCUGCUCCCAAAUUUGUCGGAAAUCUGAUUGCAGCUGUCCUAAACCUUAUUGGACCAAAGGGUUUGGAGUUUGCCCGCUAUUCACUUGAUUAUCAUACCAUCCGGAAUUACUUGUAUGUAAAUCGUGCCUGGGGGAAGGAGAGGGCCACUAAGCAUCUACCUUCAUAUGCAAGAAAACUUGUUGAGAUGUACAAUAAAACUGGUGAAAUUGACAAGAUGAUUUCCAGCUCAACCAAGAGUGAAUGAAUAUUAUGAUGCACAACAAUUCUUCUUAUCCGGAGAUUUAGAAUGUGAGUUCAUUAAUCCUAGGUCAGUGUAUACCACUGUAUAGCAUGAAGCCUUUUUCUAAGUACUGAAGUCUUUUUUGGCUUAGAAAUGUAGUACUGCUUAUUUAUUUAUUUUAAUUUUUUGUACAUAAAAACUUUUAUUCAACUUUAAAAGAGCAUUAUGCUAUCAUCUGUUCUCAUUGUUA